AUGUCGCGCUUGAUCCGCGCGCUGCAGAGCUUCUCUGGAGUCUGGUUCUACACCACAUACUUAUAUGAGUCAGAGAUCCCGCACGCCCAUCCUGCCAACGUGGAGUACCACAUUUUCGCAAGCUCGUGCGCCCCAGAGGUCGCGCUGGACAACUCCGACGCUGCAGUCAGCCUUGCGUCAGCUAUCGCGCUGUCGGUGCGCUUGGCGUUUGUGGCUCGUUUGGAGACCGUAUGGUACUUUGUCCACUACCCGUGGAUCGUCAAGUUGUGGCUUUUGUACAUUGCGUCGGAACACCUUACGACUAUCUCGGCACCUAUUGCGCUUAUAACCGUUCUUCUCCCGAGCGACUCCUUCUACGUCAUAGCUUACUAUUUCGGCGUCCGACGUGCGCUGCUCUCGCUUUUCGCCACCCUCAACGCCCGGUUCGAUCUACGGGUGCAAACGGAGGAGCGCACCUUCCCCAAAGUCUUCUCAUCCACACAGCUCUCGGCGUCGACGUCCGGGCCGCAGCCCACGCCAUCGUCCUUGAUGGUGAUCGGUUCCGACGAUACGAGCUACAUGACGCCUGCUCCCACAACUGCGACGUCGACGUACUGCGACGGGAUGCGAUGUUACGUCUGGCCACAGCCUGAAGACUUGGGCGAGGAGGUGUCCUCGCCUGUGUCAGAAGAUAGCGGGGAGCAUGAGAGGGUAGAGGGCGCGUCGUUGAUGGGCCGGUCGGACUCGAUCGAAGAGGUGGAAAGGUAG